UCCGACUUUGGAAACAGUAUCGACAAAAACGGCAACAUAACUGGAUUGACUUUGGUACAGCUUUGACUCCAGAAGUGGUUGCCAGUGUUUACGAUGAACCUGCGGUCAAGAAGAGUAAGGCUGAGGAUGAAGCAGGCACAGAAGUGUCUACGGAGGUAUAGAAGAAGCACAGAUUCAAGCCAAAGGAAUAUAAGUAACGACUUUGUCCUUCACGACGUUGGAUCUCAAAAGCUACAUUUUUUUGCCGCAAAAAAAUCCAUCCACAUACACACAUAUGAGCACCUCGCAAUACCAAACCCUUAAAGAUUUCGUCGUCACCUCCCAUUCUUUGGAAGAAUAUGGGAUCCUUUAUCUCAUCCUUCAUCACUUGAAGCAUUUCCAGGGCUUGUCGUUCCUCCUCGACUGUCUCAAAGCUGAACUUAGAAAACCAAUAACCAAGGAAAACUUACAAGAUGUAUACUCCAUGAGUGCAAGCUUUGUUAGCCAUGCAAGAGGUUUGAAGAGGGCCUUCCUGCGGUUUGAGGACCAUGCCCUGACCAUGUUCUCCUACUUUUAUGGAGAACAGAUCACUGAAAUCCUCGUUGACUUGAACCAUCGUCUACUUCGGACUGCAAACACGUUUAGUUUUCUUGAAGCCGUCGAAUCCAUCGAAAAAGACCUUAACAGGGUGGUUGCUGACAUGAUCCUAGAGUCUCAGGAAGAUGGUGGCUAUGCCAGCCAGGAGGAAGACUCCAUAGUGGUGAAUCACCAGAUAGAUCCUGCAAAGCAAGAUAUUAAUCCUUAUGAUUUAGUCUUAUAGAGUGCUAGUGAGAGGCGUAUGACUCAACGUGCUAUGCUGCAUAUCACCUAAGGUCUUUUGCCAUUGAUCUGUUUAUAAUGUUAUAAAUAGACAAGCAUUUUUUACCUAAGUUGUAGUUUCUGUGAUUCUUGCGAAUUUGAGACUUGGUAAUUUGCAGCCGUAGAAUCUAUCUAAAGAUAUACGUGUGCUUUUGGCUGUUUGGGAGCCUUCAAGCCAUAAUUCACA